CUCUCUCUCUCUCUCUCUCUCUCUCUCUCUCUCUCUCUCGUGCAUAGGUGCUUUUGCUUUCUAUUUCCAUAUAUAUAUACACACACACAUACAAGGAAUUCUGAGAAUAAUACAGAAAGAGUCGAGGAUUUCCAUCGAUGGAAUGGAGGGAGUGUUACUUGGACGCGAUAUUGGUGCCAUUAGGCCUUAUGAUACCGGCCAUGUAUCAUGUUUACUUGUGGCACAAGGUACGUACCAAGCCACUCACCACCAUUUUAGGAGUUAACGCCAGAGCUCGUCGACUCUGGAUCCAUUCCAUCAUCAAGGACAACGACAAGAAGAACAUACUGGCGGUCCAAACGCUGAGAAACUGCAUCAUGGGAUCUACGUUAAUGGCUACAACGUCGAUUCUACUCAGCGCAGGGCUGGCGGCAGUGAUAAGCAGCACAUAUUCCGUGAAGAAACCCAUAAACGACGCCGUAUUCGGAGGACAUGGUGAUGUCGUGGUGGCUCUCAAGUACGUCACCAUCCUCACCGUCUUCCUCUUCUCCUUCUUCUCUCACACACUCUCCAUCCGUUUCCUCAACCAAGCCAACUUCGUCAUCAACGUCCCCAUGAUUCCUCCGCCGGAAAAAUCUCUGGAGGCGGAGGCGACGGCGCUUGUGACGCCGGAGUAUGUGUCGGAGUUGAUAGAGAAGGGUUUAGUUCUUAACACGGUCGGGAAUCGGCUCUUCUACACUGCGAUCCCUCUCAUGAUGUGGGUUUUCGGGCCCGUGCUCGUGUUCUUUAGCUCCGUCGUCAUGGUUCCUGUUCUUUACAAUCUCGAUUUCUUGUUCUUGAGCAAGUUUCAGAGUGGAAAGCCCGGGAGAAGACCGUGAUUUUCGAUCUUUCUGUUUAAUAUGAAAACGUAAGACAUAUAGUGAUUUCGCUGUUUUAUCUAUCUAUAUAUAUAUAUAUAUGCAUACAUGUGUG